UGCAGCCCCCGCCCUGCAAAAAGCCCGUUUUUAUUCCCGCCCGCCAUGUCUUUUGUUAUGGACAAUCCCGCGUAACGAUGACACAAUACGACAUUUACGGGUUGAAAGUAUAAAAAGAACGCUGGCAAAAACUAAAAGCGUUUCUGCCGCCUAUCAUCAUCAAAAGUGUCAAGGCUCUACCGUCCAGACAUUAUCAAAAACAUGCUAAAGGAAGUGCAUAAAGCCCUUGUCGACAGCCAAGUAAUUCCCGAUGUGAUAUCUGAUUUCACACCGACCAUCGCCUUGGACAUUUCGUACAAGAACAGAAAAGUAUCACUGGGGAAUGAAAUAUCCCCUUCCGAAGCUGAACAUGAACCAAAAGUCUCAUUCAGUCCACCGAAUCCCGAUGAUCUCUACACACUCGUCCUGGCUGAUCCUGAUGCCCCGUCUCGCGAGCAUCCCGCCAAGAGAUGCUGGCGUCAUUGGGUCGUAACCGACAUCACGCACGGUGACGUUAAAAAGGGAAAGGUUGUCACUUCCUAUCAUCCCCCCACACCGCCGAAAGGCACCCAUUUGCAUCGCUACGUGUUUAUCCUGUUUGCUCAGUCGAAAUCGUUGAGGCAUCUUAAAUUACCAGAGGAUCGCGGUGGAUGGCAUGUACAGGAAUUUGCAGACCAGUAUGACUUGAAGCCUGAGGGAGCAAACUUUUUCGUUUCACAGCACGAGUGACAACGUAGGAUAUCCAUAAAUGCUGGCAUUUCAGUUUCUGCAAAAAUCAAUAAAUAAUGAUCAUUUUGAACGCAA